UUUUUGGAUUUAGAUUCAGAAGAAAAUCUAAACAUAACAGAGACACUGGGGGGCAAAGUAAGAGAAAAACUGGAAAAUGCCAAGAUUAGUCAAGGUGAAAAAUCUUCAACUCAGCUGUUCAGUAAUCCUAAGAUAUUUCAAUGGCCUAAGGUUAACCCACAGACUGAAGUUUUACUGGAUGAAAGACUUUCAUUUUUCAUCUUGAGUGGUGAAGAAGACUCAGCCUUGAGUCAGUCUUCAGGGCAGAAAUCAUUAAAUGAUGGUUAUUCCAAACAUUUUUCACCUGAUGAUAAUUUACAAAAUAUUGUUGAAGGUCAAGAUGAAGAUUUUAUGGAAGUCAUUUUAACAGAUUUGCUGGAAGUGAAAGCUGCAGAAUAUGAUCAAGAACUAGUAAAACAUCAGGAGGCAAAUAUUUUUGUGCCAAGUAGCUCUCCAGUGGCCACCCAGCAUAAACUUCCAAAGGGUAUGGUGCCACGCAUUUUAGAAGAUGAAGGAUACUAUAUUAAGAAAAAGCCAAAGACAUAUAAAAAGAUCUGCAACAAAAUGGAAAAUCGCCUGCUUAACCUAGAAGAGGGAAAAAGUUGGUUUGAAGAAAGUGGAGAAAUGAUGUCAUUACCCUCACCUAUCAGACAGUCUUGGAAUUUCAGGCUAAACAUAAGCAAGGAAGUUUUGAACCCAGCACUAAAGACCAUAUAUAGAAAGGCAGUAAAAUCUGACCCAGGAUGCUGUUUUAGGAACAAAAUGGAAGGUCAAAGGGAAAUGUACCAGUUAGAUCUCAAUAUAGUGGGUUUGCAGUUCAGCCACCAUCCUCUCUUCAACCAGGAACAAGUGUUAUGUGCUAGGCUGCUCCAGCUGUGUGAGUGUUUUCAGGACAGGCAGCAAGAGAAUCUGUCUCAGCUGCUUUCUGAGAAGCUGGAAGCACUGAACAAAGCUACCCAACUAGAAAGCAAAAAUUCAGAAAUAAAGGAGUUUACCAGAAAAUCUUUACAAGAUUAUUAUUGGCAGAUAAGUAAUACAAAACAGCUGUAUGACUUAGAACGGGGAAAGGACCACUCCCUACUCUACAGUAUAUUACAGACUUGGAAACAGAUAAAAGCUCUUCGACAAAAGCAAGGAUUUACAAGCACCCUGAUAAAGUUACAGUUUCUCAGGAUAAAACAGAACAGAUGCGAUGAGCAAAAACAAGCCCAAAUGUCAGAAGUGUCUGAGACCGAGAAAGAAAGUGAAGAAAAUCUAUUUCAGAGUGAAGAAAUGCAGGAGAACCCCUCAUAUCCAGCUUCAGAACUUGAAGAAACAGAAAUCGAAAGAAUAAAGCCAGUUACUUUGGUGCCACAGCUGUCUUUCACAGCAGAAUUAACGAAUGUAUCCAAGUGUUCAUUGCAUGAGCAGAAGAGGAGAGCCAAAAUCCAGAAACUUAAAUAUUUUAUUAAAAUAUUUUACAAUGAUAAGCAGGUUUCCUGCACUUCAGUAUCUCCACUACAGUUUGAUUUCAAAGUUAUGUUUCAGCAAAUUUUCAAUAUUCAACUAAUAUAUUGGCCUGAAACAAUUUGCCUGGAGGUUUAUGAAAUAAAUAAAAGGACAAGUUUACUGGCAAAACUAUAUUUACCUUUACCUAACAAGACAGAACUAAGAGGCAAAGCUGUUUUGGAAUACACAGAGUUUAGUUCUGAUAAGAUGGUCAUACCUAUGGCUGGAGAAGUGGGAAGCAAUGUGCCUUUUUAUAUUGUGGGAAAUGAAUCUGAAAAGCUUUGUCUUUUAACAUCAGGAAAACUUAGCUAUUCUUUGUCAUGGGCUCUAGAUGAAAAUGGAAUUCCUCUGACACCCAUGUCACAGUCAUUAAGAUCUGCAUACUCUAGUGUGCUAAGGAAUGUUGAUGCAAGAGGUGUUCCUGGAGUCCCAUGGCUCGUUAACUCACAGAAACUUUGUGAUUGGGCAAAUGAAGUCAGGAUCGAUCCAAAUAAUCCAGAGUAUUCUGAUUUAGCAGAACUAAUUAUGUAUAUGAGACACACAGAGCAGGAAAUUCCAAAGUAUUUCCGUAUUGAACAAUUGCAAGAUGAAUUUAACUUUGUUUCUGAGGAGGAAAUGAAAAGGAGCAAACGUUUCCAGCUUUUACAACUUAGAAAUGCAGGUCAGCUGGAUCUUUCCCUUCUGCAGCAAAUGCCCCUCUACGACAGAGAGAUUCCAGAUGUAGUCUUCCAGGAGUAUGAAAGUCAGGUACAGAAGGACAUGUCUGUUUCAGAUGUGAAUUCUAUCACUGCCCAAAGGAUUCAUUCUGUCAGUUUCCUGAGAAAGGUGAGAAGGUUGAUAAUGAAAAGACUCAUCAAAGUUAGUAAAUUUAACUUGUCAGAUAUUGUGGCUGACUAUGAAGAAAGUGUGUCUACAAGUCAAUUAACAGAUGCAAUUUGUAAGCUUUUUGAACCACGAAGAAAGUUAAAACCCCAGCGGAAAGAGAGAAAAAAAGUCACAGUGCAGAGCGUCUCUGAUGGGGAUAUUAAGAUUCUUGUCAGGAUCCUGAGGGCUUAUAACAUUCCUACCAGAAAGAUGGUAUCUAAUAGAGUUUUGGAUAUGCCUACCUAUUUGAGAUCAUCCUUGCCUUGCCUCAGACAUCAAGAAACAAUCAGAUCAGUAGCCUCAAGUGAGAUCUUAAAUGAGGAUACUACAUACCCUUUCAUAGAGGUUUCUUUUCAACACACUGUAUAUCAAACCAAUACUGCAAGUGGAUCUCAUCCAUCCUGGAAUGAAGAAAUUAAAGUAGAUUUUACUUCACCAGGACAUGAUUAUAGCUUCUCAAGUUUAUCUAAAAUAAAAGAUAAUAUAUAUAUCAACAUUUUUGAUGAAGUGAUGAUUGAAAAACAUGAGGAUCAUUGCCUCAAGAGCUGUAGUACUCAUUCAUACAUAAGAAAGAACUGGCUUGGUUCCAUCAGCUUUCCUUUCUCUGUUCUUCUACAACAAUCUGAGAUUAGUGGAACAUUUCAAGUAAAUAUCCCACCAGUUUUGCUGGGGUAUACUUGGAGUAAGACUUACGUAUCUCCUAAAGAGGACUGCAAUGGGCAGAAUUUAAAAGACUGUACCUUCUUAAAUAUUUUUGCUACACUUGAACCUCAAAUAUCAUAUAUCACCUAUAAUCCAAAACCAGAAGAGUUUACAGAUCAAAUAGAUGUUUUGCAGAGAGCACAGACUUUUAAAAAUAAUUGUAAGGCAAUAUUUCCUAACCGAAGAAUUGUAACCACUGUUUUUAAUGAUGAAGGGAUACAGAUCUUAGUCACAAGAUAUAUCAAGCCAUUAAAUCCACCUCAGCAGCUUCUUGAUAUAUUUCUUCAUGACUCUAAUGCAACGCUUGACCUUAUUGCUCGAUUUGUGUCCUUGAUUCCUUUCAUGACUGAAACACUCGCUGAAAAUGAUGGUUCUGACAUAUGGAUGACAUCAGAGUGCUGCAUCAACCUGGCCAUUGGAAAUAAGGAAGAGCAUGCCAUUCUUCUCUGUAAUUUCUUUCUGUAUUUUGGAAAGAAGGCUUUGGUGCUCUUGGGAACCUCAGUAUUGGAAGGGCAUGUAGCUUACGUAUUAACUCAAGAAACUGGUGAAUGUUUACUUUGGAAUCCUUCAACUGGACAAUGUCAUAAGCAGUUUGAUCCUUUUUGUCCCUUACAAAGUGUGGAUUGUUUGUUCAAUGAUAGGAACGUCUGGUUUAAUAUUGAACAAAAUAAUACACCAAUGGCUAUACAUUUUGACUAUUCAAAAGAAAGUUUCUGGAAACAGUUGUUUCCAAAAAAUUUUCAGGGAGCAAAAGCCAAAAGCAUACAGCCUGAAGAAAUAAUUUAUUCUGAUACUAAUAAAAGCAUGGUAGAAGAUCUAAAGAACAGGAUUGAAAGGACACUAAAAUAUAAAAUGAUGGAAUGGCGAUCUAAACGCCCAACACAUUGGAAUCGACAAUGUACUUCUAUUUUGCGACACAUCCUUCCUAAGCUGGAACUUUACAUGGGAAGUUUUGUUUCAUUUGAAGAAGACAGUGAAUUGGAAAGACUGCACCAAUUUUAUUGGGUUGCAGGAUUUCCCAUCCAGAUGCCAUACACUGAUGUCCAGUCAAUUAUUGAUGCUGUGUAUCAGACUGGAAUUCACUCUUCUGAAUUUCCCAUGAUGGAAUUUGCUUUAGCUGUAUACAUUCACCCAUAUCCAAACAACAUAUUAUCUGUAUGGGUCUAUUUGGUUUCCUUAGCCAGAUAUCAGUGA